AUGAAAAACCACAUCUGGGGCAGCUCCCCGCGGGCCCCCAUGGCGGCGUCGGCGCCGUGGAAGAGCGUGGAGUGGCUGCAGGAGGAGCUGGAGUCGGGCGGGGGCCGCGCCCUGCUGCUGCUCGACUGCCGCCCGCACGAGCUCUUCGAGUCGUCGCACAUCGAGACGGCCAUCAACCUGGCCAUCCCGGGCCUGAUGCUGCGGCGCCUCAAGAAGGGCAACCUGCCCAUCCGCUCCAUCAUCCCCAACCACGAGGACAAGGAGCGCUUCGCCAAGCGCUGCAAGGCCGACACGGUGCUGCUGUACGACGAGGCCACGGCCGAGUGGCAGCAGGACGCCGGCGCCCCGGCCUCCGUGCUCGGCCUCCUGCUGCACAAGCUGCGCGAGGACGGCUGCAAGGCCUUUUACCUGAAAGGUGGAUUCAACAAGUUUCAGACAGAAUACUCAGAGCAUUGUGAAACCAGCCUCGACACUUCCUCUCCCACCAACUCUCCCCCUGCGUCAGUUCUUGGCCUGGGCGGGCUGAGGAUAAGCUCCGAUUGUUCCGAUGGGGAAUCUGAUCGGGAACCAAGCAGUGCCACAGAAUCCGAUGGGAGCCCAAUCCCAAACAACCAGCCUGCCUUCCCUGUCCAGAUUCUCCCUUACUUGUAUCUGGGCUGUGCCAAAGAUUCCAGCAACCUGGAUGUCUUGGGCAAGUAUGGCAUCAAGUACAUCCUGAACGUUACUCCCAACCUUCCCAACAUGUUUGAGCACGAUGGAGAAUUCAAGUACAAACAGAUUCCCAUCUCGGAUCACUGGAGUCAGAAUCUCUCCCAAUUCUUUCCUGAGGCCAUUGCUUUCAUUGAUGAGGCCCGUUCCAAGAAAUGUGGUAUCCUGGUUCACUGCCUUGCCGGUAUCAGCAGGUCCGUCACAGUGACAGUUGCCUACUUGAUGCAAAAGCUCAACUUGUCUCUGAAUGAUGCCUACGAUUUUGUGAAAAGGAAAAAGUCCAAUAUCUCCCCAAACUUUAACUUCAUGGGCCAACUCCUGGACUUUGAGAGGACUUUGGGGCUCACCAGCCCAUGCGAUAACCGCUCCCCCAGUGAGCAGCUUUACUUCACCACCCCGACAAAUCACAACUUGUUUCAGCUGAACACUUUGGAGUCCACAUGAAGGGCAUUUUCUUUGGGGCUCCCUGAGCCUUGAAUAGCUUCUCUUGAGCAUUUCAAAUUCAUUAAAGGAAAAAGAAAAAGUAUUUCCGGUCAGCCUUGAAAGAACUGGUUUCUCCAAGCAGAGCUAUCUGAUUGCUGCUUUGCUGAAAAGGCUUACGCCGUUUAUUAGUAUUCUGAUGCUAAUCAAAAUGGGUUUGGAGGAGUUACCUUAUCAGAGUUAUUUAAUGUGAGGGAUGGCCCGGCAUUCUGAACGCAGCUGUUACUGGCAAUAACUGCUUUCCUGAGUGUGUAGAGACUGACACCACA